UCUUCGUUUUCACCCUCCUCUCACAAUCAUGGCUGUCCCCCACUCUCUCGCCCUUUCUCUUUUGGUGUGAGAUAACAGUCCAGGUUGACGAGGGGUCUCUGCUGACUGCAAAAGCAAACGGCCCAUCCCAAACGCCUCAGGAUGUGCUGGAGUCAUCAGGAUCCAUUGUGUGAGACUGUGAACCAGCCUGUCAUAGCCUAACAUGCCCAUGGCCCUCUGCUAGCAACAGAAAUCUUUUUCUACCUCUGUUGUUUGUAAAACCUGAUGGUCUAAUGAAGGCCAUACUGAUGUGUCAUUUCUUCCUAACAUGUUCAAGAGCCAAGGCUUUUUUCCCCUUUUUCUUUUGACAAAACACUCUGGCAUGGUAUUCAAGGGUAAAAAGCUGUUCUCCUCUUUCUGCUCCUUUUCUUUCUACACCUCCUAUUCAGAGACUCGCAAAGAAAAGUAAUUUCACUCUCUCUGUCCCUGAGAGAAUCAACACAGUGAAGUUGCAUUGAAUUUCUACUGCAAAAUUUUUUCUUGGCUCUAUUUCAGACCCAUAACCUGGGGGUAAACAUGCAAUUAAAAUAACAGCAGCCUGCUUUCUCCUCCACUCUCCUCUCCUUCAGCUGUUAGCACAAGCAAUGUACAACAUGGUGAUUUGGUUCUGCUAAUUGCUUUUGCUUUUAAUUGGUAUAGAAAAGCUGUUGAUAUUCAACCAGCAACCAAACAUACUUUCUCUUUUUACUUUGACAAUGCAUACAAUACUUUUGUUGUAUGCGUUUCCUUCUAAUGAGCUUAUUUUUGGUGCACAAUCCUUUUUUUUUUUUUUUUUUUUUUUCUUCAUGCAGUACUGCUGGUGGAUAUUUUAAUAGAUGAUUUCCUAUGCAGUUAGCCUGAUGCACUUCCCAAAUUUCUAGCAAAUGCAGAUCAUAGUUGAUGAGGAUAUUGAUCAAGAGAUUCAGCAUAAAUGCAGUCAGCUGGUCUAAUUUCCUAAAUGGCUUCCGUCUAUCCUGUUCCUUCUUCCCUUCUUUGCACUUUCUUUGCUUUUAGAUGGUUUCCUUUUCCUCCUUCCCCACGGAGGAAUGAAAAGAAAAUAUAGGUCAGCUUUUAUGGGAGCAAUUUGACACAUGACACAAGCCAUGCGCAUCACUCGCUCAAGUCCUGCUUUGUCUGCACGUCUUUAUUUGUCUAUAAUGAAAGCCACACAGUUAUUCGCACACUUUUUUAUUACGGUUCUAUAAGUAGCUGGUGGAGACUUGCCGAGUCACGGGGGCCCCCUAAUACUCUGAGAACCCUGUGGUGUCUGUCUGCACGGGGCUGAUAGUGUGAGACGCCUGGCUAAACUCCACCAAGCCAAUCCCUACUCCACUGGUCUGCCCAGCUGGCUCAGCUUGGCCUCCACAGACGCAACUCUGUUUCCACCCAGGACAGGAGGGGCUGUGUCUCUAUGCCACAAAGGAUACUAAGCCAUUGGGGUAGACACCUAUUUGCCUGAAUGGGUGAGUCAAGCCCUAGUCCAGACCAGGCUAAAUCUCCCUGCAUGGUGGUCAGAGGGCAAUUAGGACUUAGCAGAAGCCAGCACCCGAGCCAGUCAUGUGCCGAUUACGACCUGAGGAGAGGCACCUCCAAUUGUAGCGAGCUCAGUCCCUGUCUGGACUCAACACUCUAUCAGUGUGAGGAGAAGUGUGUGUCCCAUGUUGCAUUAGUGUCUGUGUGAAAUGCUGGCCUGUCUGCCAGGGCCAGGUGACCUCCCCCUCCAGCUUCUCCCCCACACGCAGAUGAACACUGGACUUCAGAAAUGGGACACCACACAAAGGAUGAGAUCCGCUCCGUUUCCAACCCCUGCAGAAUUGGAUGCAUAUGCUAAGAAGGUUGCCAACAACCCCCUCACCAUUAAGAUCUUCCCCAACAGCGUCAAGGUCCCCCAGCGAAACCACGUGCGCCGUACAGUCAACGGGCUGGAUACGUCAGGCCAGCGCUACAGCCCUUACCCUUCCUCUCAGGCCAGUGCCAAGACAGGCCUCCUCGCUAUCGUCAAGGUGCCCACAGUCAAAGGCAUCCUAAAAGAUUUUGACGGCAGCCGAGCUCGCUUGCACCCUGAAGUCAUCAUGAACCCUCCCACCGGACGCUACCAGGUGGCUUCGACCAGCACUUUAAACCACCACCCACCUCUGCAGAACCUUCCCCGGCUCCAGCAGAGCUUACCCCUUCAACCACAGGAACCGUCUCAGACUCUACAGAUGCCCCUCCUUCAGCAGCAGGGUCACACCCAGGGCCUCAGACACCCUCCCCCCAUGGCCCCGCACCCUCAGGGCCCAUCCGGACUCCAGACUCUGUCUCAACACCCAGCCCUUGGCCACCCACAGGGGCCCCCUACCGUCAUGCUUCAACAGCAGCACCUUCAGCAGCAGCUGCCACCUGGCUUGCAGGGGAGCAGAAAGCUGCCAGAUGGCGACGCACCGCCUAAUGUUACCGUCUCUACCUCAACCAUUCCACUCUCCAUGGCCGCCGGGCUGCACCAGGGCCGCCAAGCUGACCUGAGCACCAUUGUUCAUCAGAUCAACCAGUUCUGCCAAGCUCGGGCCCAAGGUGCAGGAGCCACCUCCAUGUGUGAGGGCCAGAUCGCCAACCCCAGCCCCAUCAGUCGCAACCUGCUUAUCAGCGCCUGCUCCAGGGUGUCCAUGCACAGCAACCCUGCCACCCCUGGCUUCCCCCCACCCAACUGCAUUAUUGGUCCUCAAGAGAAAGCCACCGCCCCAGUGGGAGCUCACCCCCCACCCAGUGUGGCUGCUAUGAACCACUUGCCUUCCAACCACACUGAUCUCAAGCAGCAGCACCACCUGCAGCAGCAUCUGCAUCCACAACAGAAUCAGCAGCACCAACAGCUACAACAUAACACACAGCAGCAGAAGAUGCGCUCUUGGAAUCAGCACCAGUUGGCUCAUGUACCCCACAUUCAGAAUGGUGGGACCCACCUCUGCAAGCAGCCUUCCAGGGACCCCACCUUCCAUUUUAAGGGCAUGGGCUACCCUGCAGAGGUAUGUGUGGGUCAGCCUUACACACUGAAACCUCCCGUAGAGAGGCCUACCCCUUCUCCCCCUGUCAACAACAACUGCAUGCCCGGUCCCAUGGCCCACUACACUAAUGGUCACUACUUCCAGUCCCACAUUUGGAACAGCAGCAUCCUACCCACACCCAACAGUGACAGCUCCGGGUCUCAGGACGUAGCCAUGCCAUUCCAUGGUGCGGGCCCAGGGGGGUGCACCACGCUAGACUGCGGUCCCCCUGGGGCUCCCCAAUACAGGCUCGGAACGAGCUCCUCCAUCUCCUCCACCCAGACUAAUCUGAUGCAAACAGCAGAUUACUUGGGUGGGGACUUCCAGACGCCCUACUUCCGUGAUCAGAAUCUAGGGUUGAUGGGCAAGAUGCACAGGCCUCCUCUGAGCAGGGUAGAUCCAGAGGUUGGGGAUGGCAGAACCGCUCUCAUCCAGCACCCAGGGUACAGAUAAGCUAUGGCCUUGUCUACACAACAGUUAUCAAAACCCCUUUGUUUAGUCUUAAGAAAGGAAACACAUAAAUGAAACUAAAUUGAUAACUUAAACAAAUGACCGCUAAUGUUAAAGAGGGUAAAUUAUUAUAUUUAAUGAAGAACAGUAGUUUUUUGUUUUUUUUUAAAUAAAUCUUGCAAGUGAUCAAUUGCUGCUUUAAUUUUUGUUAAUGAGUGCUUUUACCUGGCACUUUAGGGAACUGUUUCAUGUGCGUGUGUAUACACAUCUGUACUGUGUGUGUCAUUCCUUCCUUCUUCCUCUGUUGUCUGUGUGCCUGGAUCUUAACAGAUCCUGUGUUAUUUCUACUUCAGAACUAACUAACUUUACGUUUUCUUAUGCAUGUAAGAAAGACGAAAAACAAAGAUCCCUCACUGAAAAACAGCAACAUCUACUAAAUUGAUGGGUUUUUUUUUUUUUACAGGGUCAUGUCAGGAAUUUUCAGCUCUCACUUUCUUCAUUUUGGUAUUAACGUUCAAAUCGCAUAAUAACUUUAAAAUUAAACACAAUCAUUUGAGGACAGAAGAGAGCAUAAGACCUGCGGUAUGCACAUGUACACAGAGGUUUUAUUCUUUUUAAAUGUAAUUAUUUAUUUGUGUAAUAGGACUACCCAAUAUUGAUUCCUCUCUGUCAGUUAAGGAAGCAUGUAAUCAGGUUGUUUGUAUAUAGUAAAGAUCCAGCAGGGAGCAAAUAUGUUGAAAAGGUGAUUCUCUGUCCUGCUGAAAAUGCUGCAAUGAAUUCAGGUGUUUAAAAAACUUUUUGUCAAUGCCAGGAAGGUUUGGCAACAAGAUUGUGAAAAUGUUUAGUGCAGAAAAAGUCAUGAAAGAUUAACUCUCAUACCUUAAAAUGGCCAAAGUCAGGUUAACAAGGACACGCUGUUAUGAAGAUGUGCCAUUUUUGUUUUCUUUGCAGAUUGUUUUUGUAACCAUUACUUGAAUGUUGAGAUUAUUUGUUUUGCAGGUAUUGAAGGGGAUAGGUUAGUUAUGAGGACACAACUCUGGAGUAGAAGAAAUAAUAGUGUUAAUAAUGUCAUGUAGAAUCGUACUACGAGCCUAACCAGAGUUUUGAUCCUGACAGCAGGAACCUAAGUGAAUUAAGUUACGUGUAGUUGCUACUGAUUCUGAUGUGAAGUCUGCUCGAAAAGACCAAAUUGAUCACUUGCAAGAUCACUUUGAGGUAAACAAAACUGACUUUUAAGUUUAAAGUGAAACAGCAAAUGCAUUGUUUAUUUUAUUGUACACUGGCUUACCUACUAGACUACUGUAACUUUAAAGUUUAAUGAUUGUGUGUGAAUGUUGACUGCUGAUGUGGGUAGAGUGAAGGGUGAGUGUGUGUGUGUGUGUGUGAGAGAGAGAGAGAGAGUGAGUGUGUGUGUGUGUAAACACAAUGACGCCCAUGUUUUGUUCACCUAACUCCCUAACAGCCCUUAAAAAGCCUUAAGUGUUUGGUCCUUGGACUUCCCUUGAAAAUGAGCAUGGUUUUAAUGAAAACCCCAAAUAAGGAGAAAGAAGAUGAUAAGGAUACACAGAAACAGCAAUUUUGUUUCAGUUUCUUUUUUUUUCUGGUCUCUUAUUUUAAUUUUAUUUAAUGAAGUUUUGUUGAAUAGACAGAGCAAUUCCUUAGAUAUUCUUUAUUAUGGAAAGCAAGAAAAGGAGUAAUAUUUUGUAAUUCUAUAUUUUAGCAAUGUGUAGUUACUGAGCUGUAACAUUUUUUUCCCAAGUUUCAAAGCUUCAGUUUGCAGUUGUGACUAUUUAUAAUACUUGAUUUGCUUGUUAUUUAAAUUUUAUUUUCUUCUGUUUCUUGUACUAUUGCUGUGAAAUGGAAGAAGGUCCAUAAGCCUUUCUUUUGUGUCAUUCUGUACGACAGAUAAGAGGCAAGAGCGUGAGAGUUAUGCUACUCUUUUUGUAAUAUUGUAAUAAUAAAAUAAAGUUCUAAUUUAUGCUUUGAAA